CACAUUUGUGGUUGUCAAAUUUCAUGCAAUUUCUUUAUGUACUCUUCAUUUGCUGUGAAAUAAUUUAAAGGGUACAGAAGUUGUGAUUAAAGUGUUGCAUUAUUUUUCUGCAUCGUCAACGAGCAGAAAAUUGCCAAAAAAUUAUAGUGUUUAUAUAUACACAUAUAUAUAAAAAGUGCAGCUUACGCUAAACACGCAGCAGCCGCAAUUGUGUGCCCAAGCGAAAGAUGGGGAAGCAGGUGUCUAAGUAAAAGUAGAUAAGCAACGUCUGGAAGCAGUUUUCUUUGCUUUACAACGCAGACAAAGAAAAAGCAACAGCAGUAAUAUAAGAAUUUACAUUCGUGUGCGAAGAAUAACUCACACAUCAAGUGGAAGAACCUACAGCAGCAGCAGAGCUCUGUGUGACGACGACAACGACGACGUCGACGUUGACUUACGAAAAAAGUCGAGAAAAACAUCUGCAAUACACGCAAAACAGCAAAAACAAACUACACAAAAAUGCUCAUAUUGCAAAGCUAAACAACAAUUUGCCACUUUUCCCCACAAUUUUUUUUAUUUUGGUUUUUUGCAUAAUUUAAAAUUUUCUUACCUCGACUUUUAAUUUCUUCCUGUGCCUCUACAAAGCGCACACACACACACACGCAUUGCUUGCCGUCAACUGAGUGCGCCGCAUACCUUACGACCAACCUGCCGGUCGACCUACUUAUGUAGAGUAUUUGGUGAAUAUUACUUCAUUCAUACAUUUAAUCGCUGUUAAAAAGGUACAUUUAGCAAUCUAAAGCUAUUUGAGCUCUACUGAUUUCACAAGUUUUUGAAAGUUUGCUGACCACGCGUUCUCCCAAAAAAAAACUUAUUUUUCUACGAGAUUAUAUAGAUUGCAGUAACUGAAUUGCAAAAUUAAUUAAAGAUGGUUAAGGAAAAGCCUAAUUCUACACGAAUUUAUGACAAGGAUGGCUUUCGCCGUCGUGCCGCUUGCAUUUGCGUGCGUUCCGAUGCCGAGGCAGAGGUGCUGCUGGUGACAUCUUCACGCCGUCCGGAAUUGUGGAUUGUGCCCGGCGGCGGUGUUGAACCCGAAGAGGAGCCUUCGGUAACGGCUGUGCGUGAGGUGCUCGAAGAGGCCGGCGUUGUCGGCAAGCUUGGGCGCUGUUUGGGUGUUUUCGAAAAUCGCGAGCAUAUGCAUCGCACUGAAGUGUUUGUUAUGACCGUCACCAAUGAAUUGGAAGAGUGGGAAGAUUCGCGUAGCAUUGGUCGCAAGCGCCAAUGGUUUUCCAUUGAUGAUGCGUUGACACAGCUGGCACUGCAUAAACCGACACAACGGCACUAUUUGAUGCAGCUAAGGCAUUCAAAGAGUAAUACGACCGCUUCGAAUACACCACCGGCAUCGCCUACAGCAACAUAAGGAUAAUGGUGUAGUUUUGUCACACCCAACACAUGCGUAGCUGCAGCGCAACUACAUACGUGUGCGGCGACACGUGGACCGUAGACUUAAAGUGACACCCAUAACAACACACACACACACACACACGCAUAUUAGCAUAUAAAAACACGCAUAGACGCAUAUUUGUUGCGUCGGUGUUGGCACGCAUCACCAACAACAACAACAGUUGCCAUCAGGCACACUGCAGCGCUCUUUAAUAGCUGUAAUAAUACACUUAAAUUUCCUAUUAUUUUGGCUAAUUUGCACACAACUCACUCACAUCAAAAUUUAUUGUUUUUUGUGCGCGAAGUGCAUGCAACACGCAAACACACACACACAUACUUUUAAGUAUACAAAAUCAUUACCAUUUAAUUAUGCCGUAAAGUGAAACAUGUUAUUAUAUUCAAAUAGUAUUUAGUUGAAAAAGUUUUAUUUGAAUUAUGCAGAACACCAUAGACUCGUAUAAAAUUAUGCUCCACAUCAAACAACAAUAUUCAUCACUAACGUUAAGAUACUUUUUAAUACUGUAAUAAAAUCUAUAAUAUUUAAGUUGAACAAAGUGAAAUCUAGAGCAACGGCUUGCAAGUUGUCUGACAAAAAAAUAAAAAAAAUAAGAAAAAUAUUUUUUUUUUUGUAAAAUGUUCAGUUUUAUUUAGUGUAAGAAAAAAAAUUAAGAAAAAAGUGAAAAAAAUAUUCAAAAGCGCCACACAGCGUUAUAAAAGUAAAUCGUUGCGUUAACUUUAACUGGAACGCAGUUUUAGCUUUUUUGAAAAACGAAAUUUCACACAGUAAACGUAAAUAACUAAAAAAUAGCUAUUUUCAUAAAAAAUAUAAUGAAAAUUAAAUUAUCAUGAAAAGUAACGAAUUAAUUAAGUGAAAGGCUACACUGACGCAAACAAUAAAUAAAAUCAACAAAAUAAAGCGGAAAGUUUAACUGAAAACUUUAAACAAAUUGCACAUUUUUGUAAAUUUCUACCUAGAUUUUCUACUAUUUUAUAAUUUAAAACGAAACGAUAUGAAACAAAUGCUUAUAACUACUUACUAUUGUAAUGUAUGUCUGUAUGUAAUAUUGAAGUUGCGCUCAGCUGCUUUUUGCGGAAGCAAUUAAAUUGUGUAAUCAAAAUUCUAAAGUAAACAAAACAAAAAACCAAAACAAAAACAUUAAAUAAGCAACCAAUACCAAUCAUGAGUAUCUAGCAUGUAUAAAAAGUAAGCAAAAUUAAACGAAAAAAUUCAAGAAAAGUGAAAACGUUUGCGUAUAAGAUUUUGUGUGCGUUGUUAAGCGUUAAUUUUGAUUUGCAAAAAUAAAUUUUCAGUUUUGUUACGCUCGAACCGCA